CAAGGAUUAAGCCUUCAAUUCCCCACUGGGAGUUGAUUUAACACAAACACAACGGUGGGCCCCAAAGAACUUGGGGUUACAGGGAUUCCCCGGUUACAGCAAGUAGCGUCCAAUUUCUGGCCCCCUCCUCUCUGAAAAGUCUCGUUCAGGGCUUCUUCUCGGAGUAAAAAUCCGAAGCGAAUUCACCUCAAAUCAAAUACCAGCGUAGAGAGCCAACCCAAAUUAGAUUCUUUCUCCUUUCUCUCUGAAAAGUCUCGUACUCCAAUGAAAACCUUGGUUGCAUCUUCUUUUGAAACUGUAAAAUAAGGCCCACAUCUAGAAAUCAAAAGAAAGGCUAGUUCUGGGUAGCUCUUAGGAGCUGUUGAACUGUCUUUUCAAAUUCAAACUUGGGUCUUUUGGCCAUUUUGGCGGUAAUUUUGGGUAUAAAGAUUCCAAAAUCGGUUUUUGUGUUGAAUAAGGAGAGAUGGAGAGCUAUCUAAAUGAGAAUUUUGGGGGCGUGAAAUCAAAGAAUUCGUCGGAGGAGGCACUGCGACGAUGGCGGAAGCUGUGUGGGGUUGUGAAGAACCCGAAGAGGCGGUUCCGGUUCACUGCCAAUCUGUCAAAGCGGUCAGAAGCAGAGGCUAUGCGACGGACAAAUCAGGAGAAGUUGAGGGUUGCUGUUUUGGUUUCAAAAGCUGCUCUUCAAUUUAUCCAUGCUAUUGUACCAAGUCCAUACACUGUACCUGAGGAAGUCAAAGCGGCAGGCUUUGAGAUUUGUGCCGAUGAGUUGGGUUCCAUUGUUGAAGGCCACGAUGUAAAGAAGUUGAAAAUACAUGGGGGCAUACAGGGUAUCAUGAAUAAACUUUCCACAUCAACUGUCAGCGGGAUUACCAAAAAUGAGGAUCAGUUGAAGAGGAGGCAAGAGAUCUAUGGAAUCAAUAAAUUCACUGAAAGCCAGGUGCGGAGUUAUUGGGUUUUUGUAUGGGAAGCGCUUCAUGACAUGACUCUUAUCAUCCUGGCAGUAUGUGCUUUUGUAUCUCUGAUUGUAGGAAUUGUCAUGGAAGGAUGGCCGAAAGGUGCCCAUGAUGGCCUUGGGAUUGUUGCAAGCAUUUUGUUGGUUGUGUUUGUCACUGCAACAAGUGAUUACCGACAGUCUUUACAAUUCAAGGAUUUGGACAAGGAGAAAAAGAAGAUCUCAAUUCAAGUUUUGAGGAAUGGGUGCCGACAGAAGAUCUCGAUAUAUGAUCUACUUCCCGGUGAUAUCGUUUAUCUAGCAAUUGGAGACCAAGUCCCAACAGAUGGGCUGUUUGUCUCGGGAUUUUCGGUAUUGAUUAAUGAAUCCAGUUUAACGGGCGAGAGUGAGCCUGUUGUUGUGAAUGCCGAAAACCCAUUUCUACUGUCGGGCACUAAGGUCCAAGAUGGUUCUUGCAAGAUGCUGGUGACUACUGUUGGCAUGAGAACCCAAUGGGGGAAGCUGAUGGCUAUGCUCAGUGAAGGCGGAGAUGACGAAACACCACUGCAGGUGAAACUGAAUGGGGUGGCAACCAUUAUUGGAAAAAUCGGUUUAUUCUUUGCUGUUGUGACAUUUGCAGUAUUGGUCCAAGGCAUGUUUAACCGUAAGCUGCUUGAGGGUUCACACUGGAGUUGGUCUGGAGAUGAUGCAUUAGAGAUGUUGGAAUAUUUUGCUAUUGCGGUUACUAUUGUUGUUGUUGCUGUUCCGGAAGGCCUGCCCUUAGCUGUGACCUUGAGUCUUGCUUUUGCCAUGAAGAAGAUGAUGAACGAUAAAGCCUUAGUCCGCCAUCUUGCAGCUUGUGAAACAAUGGGUUCGGCUACAACCAUAUGCAGUGACAAGACAGGAACUCUGACUACUAAUCAUAUGACUGUCGUGAAAGCAUGCAUUUGUGGAAAUAUCAAGGAAGUGAGCAACACCAAGGAUGCUCUUAAUAUGUCUUCAGAAAUUCCAGAUGUUGCUGUGAAAACUCUUCUGCAGUCAAUAUUUAAUAACACUGGCGGAGAAGUUGUGAUUGAUGAAAACGGGAAGCGUGAAAUUUUAGGAACACCAACUGAGGCUGCUUUGUUGGAGUUUGGGUUGUCCCUUGGGGGAGAUUUUCAGGUAGAACACCAAGAAUCCAAACUUGUAAAAGUUGAGCCUUUCAAUUCUGAAAAGAAGAGAAUGGGGGUGGUGCUGCAGCUUCCAGACGGAGGAUUCCGCGCCCAUUGUAAAGGUGCUUCCGAGAUCAUUUUGGCUGCUUGCGACAAGGUUAUGGAUCCAACAGGUCAGGUUGUUCGCCUUGAUGAAGCAGCUGUCAACUGUCUUAAGGAUACAAUUGAACGCUUUGCUAGUGAAGCUCUUCGAACUUUGUGCCUUGCUUAUCUGGAAAUGGGGACUGAUUUCUCUGCUGAGAAUCCAAUUCCAACUGGAGGAUAUACUUGUAUUGGAAUUGUGGGUAUCAAAGAUCCUGUCCGCCCGGGUGUCAGGGAGUCAGUUGCAAUAUGCAGGUCUGCUGGAAUUACUGUGCGAAUGGUUACAGGAGACAACAUAAACACUGCUAAGGCAAUAGCAAGGGAAUGUGGUAUCCUGACUGACGGGGGUUUAGCCAUUGAGGGCCAAGUAUUCCGAGAGAAGAGUCUCGAUGAAUUGACUGAACUAAUUCCAAAAAUUCAGGUGAUGGCUAGAUCGUCACCGUUAGAUAAGCACACCUUGGUAAAACACCUGCGCACCAUGUUUAAUGAAGUUGUUGCCGUGACUGGUGAUGGUACAAAUGAUGCUCCUGCCCUUCACGAGGCAGAUAUUGGACUCGCAAUGGGAAUUGCAGGAACGGAGGUGGCGAAAGAGAGUGCUGAUGUCAUAAUUCUGGAUGAUAAUUUUUCAACAAUUGUUACCGUGGCUAAAUGGGGACGCUCAGUAUACGUAAACAUUCAAAAAUUCGUACAGUUUCAACUGACCGUUAAUGUGGUUGCCUUAGUUGUGAACUUUUCUUCAGCAUGCUUAACAGGGAAUGCUCCACUCACGGCUGUUCAGCUACUUUGGGUCAACAUGAUAAUGGAUACAUUAGGGGCACUUGCAUUAGCCACUGAGCCGCCGCAGGAAGAGUUAAUGAAGAGGACACCAGUCGGAAGGAAAGGGAAUUUUAUUAGCAAUGUUAUGUGGAGAAAUAUCUUGGGGCAAUCCUUUUAUCAGUUUAUCGUAAUAUGGUACCUCCAGACACGAGGCAAAGGGACGUUUCAGCUUGGUGGCCCUGAUGCAGAUCUAACAUUAAACACGCUGAUUUUUAAUACUUUCGUUUUCUGUCAGGUUUUCAAUGAGAUAAGCUCUAGAGAGAUGGAGAAGAUAGAUGUAUUUGCAGGCAUCCUGAAGAACUACGUGUUCGUGAGCGUUCUUAGUUGCACUGUUGUCUUCCAAAUCAUUAUCAUUGAAUUUCUUGGUGAUUUUGCGAAUACAACUCCUCUCAGUUUGUCACAGUGGUUUGUUAGUCUUCUCAUCGGAUUCCUUAGCAUGCCAGUCGCUGCAGCCAUCAAGUUGAUUCCAGUGGGUUCCAGAUGAAAACCUAGAGACAGAUCCCAUCACCUGUUCUGAUUCUUUGAAGGCCUCAAUAUGCGGCCACCCUUCAAGGUUUUCCAGUUUGCAACUUUAGGCUGCGUUUGGAUGCACAAGUGAAUUGAAUUGCGAACAUCUGUGUAGUCAAAGAGGAAAUGACAGAUGGUAAUGAUGUUUCCAGUAGCAUUCAUGAUGAAGAAGUGGCCCUAGCCUUCGAAUUGCAGAUAUGUUUCUUCCAUAUUCAAACUUGAAUGUAAUUGCAAUUUGGACCUGAGACCCGCAAGAAGUAUGCUACAGGAUUACAAUCUGGUUACUUCCACUUCAUUGGACUAAUGAUUGUGGUACAAUUUAAUAGUUCAUCCAAACACACCAUUAACUUUGCUUGAACUAAUUUUCACCUUAGGGUUACACCUGAAAAGAUUUUUGUGAUUUUCAAACUUGGUGGGAAAAUGCUACCUACUGGGUGCACGGUAUUCUUAAACUUGUAAGCAUUUUAAAUGAAACAAAGUUGCGAUCUAA